AUGUCCUUAAACAAUCGCAAUAUAUCGGUCGUGCACCUCGGGCUUACUGAUUUGCUCUUAUCAGCACAGUCGGAAAAACGCUGUGGGAGGUUAAGCAUGUCGGAGGCGGCGUGUGGGGCGGGCGGCGCGGCGGGCGCCACUUUUGCAGCAGCCUUACAGUUCUUUGCAGCUUCCCAAUGCUUGCUGCAAGAGCCCUGGCCGCCGCAGGCGAGUGUGAAAAACGGCUCGUCGUUCGACUUCAUCGUGGUCGGCGGCGGCACGGCCGGCGCGACGCUGGCGGCGCGCCUCUCCGAGAUGCCGUACAACGUGUUGCUGCUGGAGGCUGGCGGCGAUCCACCGCAAGAGAGCAUUAUCCCUGGGUUCAAGCAUGCAAUGAAAAAUAGUUAUUAUGACUGGAAUUUCACUACAAUUGACGACUACUACUCCAGUCAAUCUUUACAAGACGGCAAACAGAAACAACCUCGCGGCAAGAUGCUGGGCGGCUCCGGCUCUAUUAAUGACAUGAUCUACUCUCGGGGCUUCCCCGCUGAUUAUAACGAAUGGGCCACUAUGGUUGGGGAAGAAUGGAAUUGGACUAAUGUACUAGAAUACUUCAAGAAAACUGAAUAUUUGACAGACGAGAGAAUUACCGAAAAUCCUUUACUUGCCAAACUUCACGGCUUUGAUGGGGAAAUAGAAGUGACUGGUUCCCAUCAAUCGACUUUUACUACUGAUAAGUAUCUAGAAGCAUUCAAUGAGCUCGGUUUUGAUAUAGUUAAUGAUAUGACAAAUCCUUAUCGCAUAGGCGCAGGACGAUUCUCCCACACUAUUAGAGAGGGUAAAAGGCACAGUUCUCUCACAGCUUUACUAAACAAAGCUUCUAAAAAAGCCAACUUGUAUGUCCUCAAAGAUGCGCAAGUUACAAAAAUAUUAAUAGACAACGGAACCGCAUACGCUGUUGAAGUCUGGCUAGGUGACGAUGAGCUUUACUUUUACUCAAAACAAGAGAUUAUAAUAACUGCAGGUACAUUUAAUACUGCUAAAUUGCUGCUCUUGUCAGGAAUUGGACCAAAAGAUCAUUUAAACUACGUGGGCAUUGAUACUGUGGCAGAUUUGCCUGUUGGGGAUAACUAUCACGAUCAUACGAUGGUUUUAACAUAUUUAGCGGCAGAAAAUGGGACCUGUCAUCAGGAUGAAAAGGCCUCUCACAUUGACACCAUCAAAUAUCUCUAUGAUAGAAGUGGAUCUCUAGCACAGACCUCUGAUUUAGCCGCUUACAUUUCAUUUAAUAAUUCGACCAAAAAUGUACCGGAUUUUGCCAUCUAUCCCACGUGCCUUCCAAUAGAUAGUGGCUUUUACGACGCUUGUCAUACAAUGUUAGGUUUUCAAGAACAUAUUUGUGAAAUAAUCACAAGUGCGAAUAAAGAGUACGAAAUUUUUUCGUUGGCCGUUGUGAAUCUCAAGCCGAAAUCUAGAGGAAGAGUGCGUUUAGAGUCGCUCGAUCCACUUGACCCGCCUUUGAUAUAUUCUGGCACCUUUAGCGACGAUAGCGACUUGGACAACUAUCCUGAUGCUAUUAAAAUAGCUUGGUCCAUCGCAGAUACAGAUUACUUUAAAACUAAGAAAGCUUUUGUUUUAGAUUUGAAAAUAGACCAAUGCAACGAUACAUAUAAUGAUGAAUUUUUGAAAUGCCUGGCUAAAAGUACAGUGAUGUCUGCGUGGCACGCUGUGGGCACCGCUGCCAUGGGGACGGUGGUGGAUUCGAGGCUGAGAGUGAAAGACGUGGGUCGGCUGCGAGUAGCUGACGCUAGUGUGAUGCCCAGCGUGGUCCGCGGCAACACUAACGCACCCGUUGUUAUGAUAGCGGAGAAAGCUGCUGACUUUAUCAAAGAUGAUCUUGACUUUUGGAUUAAUGUCAUAAAU